CAGGGCAUCAAUCAUCCGAUGCGAGGGACUCGACGCCGGUGAACAUUUAACAAGAGUUUGGACGGAAUCUUUAUGGGAAAUGGGGGUAACAAUACGAGAGAAUAUUUGGACACGAAAAUCUAUAUUUUUUGGUGUCGGUUUAACAUCUUCCUUAUACAUAUUUGUUUGAAAUCUCCCAGUGCAAAUCACAGCAGUAGCACGCUAACGCGUUCCAUCGCACUACAUCUGCAGUUGUUGGUCGGUGACAAACUAGCUACCGUUAGUUAGCUGUAACCAGAAUAUGGAUAUUUUUGUAAAGACAAUAGAGGUGAUUGUGCUCGAGCGUGUAGCUGAUUUUACGUUAUGACCUGCUAACGUUAGUACUGUAUUGGAAAUCUGACCGCUAAACCCAUUCCUCUGUAGUCAGUGGUAUCAAGGUGACGGAUGGAAGUCGCUAAACUGAAGCCACUGGACUUGUGAACCGGUGUAGAUAAACUAACUGUGGCUAAUGCUAUGUGCCGUGGAAUGUUGUACGCUAGCUAGCGACACAUUGAGUAACUAGCUAGCAGCUACCAUGAAUUAUAUUGUGUUAGCUAACCUCCGACAGAUGUUGGGUGGUAUGUCGGCAAUCAAAUGUAAUAUGUAAUGUAUACCACGGGCUUACACCAUGUAUGUGGUUGGCCUCGUCCUUGUCAACCCCUGUGGUUGACACAAGUAUCGGUUUUUAAAAGCAAACAGCGGGAUAAAAACGCUGUCACCGGGUAGUGGUGCUGAAAAGAAAGAACAUAUUUUCUGUCGCUAGCUCGCUACAGUACUGCAGCAAUGGGAGCUAGCUAGCUAUAUAGCUAGCAGCACAUUAUAGCUAGCUAACCCCCUCAGAUUUUAUCAAUGGUGUCUAAUAAAUUUUUAUUCGCAAUAAUUCUAUUAUAUGUGUAUAUAGGUGUACAGUCAUUAUUUUACUUUUUUGGCGGCGUCGUUGUAACUAUUUUGGUUGCUAUGGCAUUUUUAAAUGGACCCAGACUAUUAGACUGGGCGAAUUCACCUCCUCAUCUUCAAUUCAACAAAUACGUCCUGACUGGAUACCGACCAAUAUCUUCUGUCCAAGACUGUAUAAGAAGCCUUUUUUACAUGCACAACGAACUGGGAAACAUAUACACACAUGGUAUCCCUCUGCUCUGCUUCCUGUUCCUCAUCCCGCUCAACUUCCCCUGGUCCCAGAUCAGUGUGACAUGGCUGGGUGUGGUCCACUUCCUGGCCUGCCUGUCCCCCCAGCUGGGCUCUGUGCUCUACCACCUCUUCAUGAACCACGAGGGAGGAGAGCCUGUCUACCACACUCUUCUCACCCUCGACAUGUGUGGCAUCUGUAUGAUCAACACGCUGGGAGCGCUGCCCAUCGUCUACAGCACCCUGCUGUGCUACCCAUUCACCCGCACAGUGGCUCUGCUCGUCUACAUCCUGCUGUCCAGCUACGCUAUCUACUCGGCCAUCACGGCGCGGAGUAGCGUGCGGCGCCUGCGCUCCUUUGCCUGGCAGGCCCUGUUCCGCUUCUCGUUCUUCCUGCUGCGCUGGGUGGGUGUGGGCGGCGGCAGCCCCACCUCGCUGCAACACUUCCUCACCAUGGACGCGCUGGCUGUACUGGGCGGGAUCAUCAACAUCUCGCGCAUCCCAGAGCGCUUCCGCCCGGGCCUCUUUGACUACUGGUGCAACAGCCACCAGAUCAUGCACGUGCUGGUGGUGGGCUCCAUCCUCUACCUGCACUGGGGUGUGCUGGACGACCUGCUCUGGAUCAACAGCCACCACUGUCCCUCAGACUGAGCCCCACCCUGCCUGGAGGGGGACCAGUGGGGAACAGGGUUUAGGACCUCUGGGGGGGGGGACUGUUUCAAAAGUAAUACUUGGGAAGGGAAGAUGGGAGGUGUUCAUGAAGACGUGCAUGGAAGGCCAGAUAAGGUGAUUUACAUAAUAGGGAUUGAUGCAGGCUUUGACACAUGUGCAAGAAUGUUCAUACUGUAUCUGUGUCCACCUUGCCAUUAUACAUGCGUUGCUAUUUAUAUUAGGGAAUAUUGGCUCACUGGUCAACACACACACACACACACACACACACACACACACACACACACACACACACACACACACACACACACACACACACACACACACACACACACACACACACACACACACACACACACACACACACACACACACACAGCAGAGGAGCUGUGAAGAUUACACACAAAGGAGAUUAAGGAUUUGAUGUCAUAAAUACACAUAGAAAUGUCUACCAAAAAAAUCAUGAUAUGCAAGUGAAGUUACACUUGAGCAAUAGUUGAUUUGCUGUUGACUUAUCCUUAUGUGUUAAUUACCAUUUCAACCUAUGUCUUUUGUCAAAGUGGACCUUCAAUGAUGCAUUCAUUCUUUCUGAAGUAUUUUUCAGAUAUCAUUCUAUUGCAACCUAUGCAGCACAUAGCAUAUAAACGUUAGAACAAACACACACACCGCACACACUCACAGCGUAGCAUGCAUACAUGCUAAUAAUGCACAAAGCACUCCCAGACCCGUCACAGAGUCCUAUGGAACUACUUGAGUUACUGUGUAUUAGAGAGGAUAUUCUCCCUCUCAUUAUUUCUUCCAUGUUUGUUUGUCUUUCUCCCUUCUCUCUGGCUUUGUCUGUCUCUCUGUGGUCAGGUAUGGGUGAAGGGUAUGGGUAACUGGGUGAAGGGUAUGGGUAACUGGGUGAAGGGUAACUGGGUAUGGGUGAAAGGGUUCAUUCCUUGGCUUGUGAGUGCUCAUUUUGUUUGAAGUUUACCUCCCUUUUAGUGCAGUCCACAUAGCCUAAAUGCUAGACUGAACUUGGAUGCUUUGUGCCAUUGAAAAUACAACCAUUUUGAAUAGGGAAUCAUGACAGAUUAUUUACAUUUACAAUUGCUAUUGUUGAGUUACAUGAAGCUACUCUUUAUUAUCGGUUAACCAAUUAAUCUUGUGAGACAGUGCUUUUUAUUUAUUCAUCAAUAUCUAUAUUUAAAGUGACAAUUCCUCACAUUUAACUGAGGAAUUUGAAUUGGUUUUGAAUCCGGAUUAUUAGAAUUAGUUCAUGACUAUAAAGUUAAAAAAAUAUAUUUUGUUGUUGAUUAUUGUAAUCAUGUUUGGCACUGUAGUCAAUGAAAAGGGCACAUAACGUCUUAAAUGAAGAUGCCUAAAACAGACUGGAUGUCUCUCUUUAUAAUACCUGAACAAUAGUUACAUGACUGCAAGAUGGAUCUUGUUGACUGAAAAGGGAAGUUCUGCCACCAAACAGAUACCAAAUGUUUAUUACGCUACGGUAUUAGAGAGAGAGUUUGUGGUGAGGGUUUUUUAAAUUAGAAUGCACUAUUAUUAUUUGACUACUAGAAACCAGUAGGUUCCCCUGGGAGGGUGGAAAUGGCCGACAGCUAGGCUACUUUCUAGGCUUUUAACUGUCUGAGGCCAGAUAAUGAUUUGGUAUGAGGCACUGCAUUCUAUGCCAAAGCUGGACAUUAUUACUACAUAACAUAGCCCAGUUUGACUCUUUGCACUUUGUUACCCUUAGAGAGGUACUAUACUGUAGUACCAAGCUGACCUGUGCCGUAUAGUAUUUCAUUAGACAACUGCAACCAAGCAUGAAUGAACCCCUAACCCUCUCACCAUUUUCACAACCAGUAACCCUGAGCAAACUAUUUCUGGUUACUCAGUUUUAAAGUCAAAAUUGUUGCCACUAGUUUCUGCACUGGCAUUUGAGUUUAUGCUCUGAGGAACAGUACAAUGUUUACUUUUUGGAUUACUUUUGUGUUUUAUAGAUUUUGUUCAACGAUUGACUGUAUGUGGAAGGUUGAGACCAAGCGGUUUGUUUUAUUAAUCUGCUUUGUUCUGAGGGACCUAUAACCUAGUCGUCCCAUGGACUAGUUAAGUUUGCAUGUUUCUAUGUAACAUUGCACUUUUGUAACCUAGUGCACACACUCACACAUACCCACACUAAUAACCACUUCACUCACAAGUUGCCAAAUGAUGUGUCGAGGGCCUCCGUUGUAGCACAUACUUUGCUCACAUUGAGUCAAGGGUGAGGGAGAAUGUCCCAGCCUCUCCCACACAGGCCUCAGACUGCAACCCGACCCUGACUAGUGUUAAACCGUUUCUCAGCCCCCUUAUGAAACCACCCCUGUCAUGGUGAGUACAUUACAGCCAUGGCCCCUUGUAUCGUCAUAAGCUGAAAUUGUAUUACAGUGCACUGAAUGAAACGGAUUAUUAAUGCAUGUUAGUAGCUCUCAAACGGAAAGUCAUUGUCUCAUACGAGGACUUUAACUUAGUAUUAGCCAAAUGCUUGUGCAUUGUAACAUAUGACACGUCAUGUGUCAGUCACUCCAGCUAAGAGCUUUACAUGCUGUCAGGGCAGUGGAACAUGAGUGUUAAGAGAGGAACAUACUACAUACAGUAUAUACUAAUACAGGAAUAUGAGGGACUAGAACAGAGGCAAUACAACUAUAUCAAAUAAACUGCACUGUUUAUUUAUUUUCAAAAGGGCUUUGGAUCAAAGUGAAUACCAGUAAUGAAACUUAUUUAAAGUCCAUGUAAAUACAUGUAUGUAUGUAGAUUAUAUAUACAUACAGUGCAAACAGUAUAUAACGCUGAUACUUUUUUAUACAUGUAAUUAAAGGAAAGAAAGCAGAAGUAGGAACCUGGAAUUCAAUCUGUAUGUCACCUCAGACAAUGCUCUGUGUCUGAGGGAAAAGGGACCUGAGGGGUGGUACUACUGUGUAUUUAAUAUCAACCACAUCCAACCUAUUUACUCAAAUAUGUGAACCCAGAUAAAACGGAUUAUUUUCAGUUCUGUUGUAGAGAUGGGUAACCGUGUGGGUUUUUGAGAGACCCAGGGUUUAAGAAUGCUUUUGCUCGAUUAAAUAUAACCUCAUAAAAAUAAAAGAUGGGGAAGAUACAGGAGGGGGGGCAUGUAUGAAUACCUCUGAUUACAACUGGAUAUCUAUGCAUUAUCAGAUACAAAUACAUUUACACUGUCUGAAAGUGGAUGUGUGUUCAAGUGGUGUUUCUCAACUGUCAGAAAAACAAAAAGGGUCAGUUCUCUACUCAAAGGGACUCCACCACCCUGGGUUUUCCACUUCUCAGGGUCCUAUAGCUGUUACGUUGAGGCCAGGGGGUUCCUCUCUGAAACAUGGCUUUUAGAGCCACACACCACAGAGGCCACCGUGAGGGACUCCGGAACUGGGUAAGGGUCCGAGGGAAGGCAAGAGUCAGCAGUAGUAGUAGAAGUAGGGAUUAUUUAGGGAUUCUUGGGGUGGGAUCUGAUAAAACAAGGUGAAAUGUAUUUAAAGAGCGGUUGAGAAAAGAGUAAGACUGUGGAAACGGGAAGAGGGGAGGGAAGAGUGGUGGGAGAUAGAACUGAAAACCAUUUUUCAGAGAUGGAACCAGGCCCACCAACAGUACCAUUUUUCAGAGAUGGAACCAGGCCCACCAACAGUACCAUUUUUCAGAGAUGGAACCAGGCCAGCCAAUGGUCAUUGUUUUAGUCUGUAUAUUCUGCUAUUCUAUGAUGAUAAUGAUGACAUGAUAUAUGAAACACUAACAAAAUGUCAUGUUUUUUUUUUGUACACAGGUGCCAGCUAGCCUGUUUCUGACUAUUUAUAAAGGAUUAACUGUCCACUAUUGUUAUACGACGAUGAUACUUAUUAUUAUUGUUACUCUGUGGAGGGUUGGUACUAAUUAUGAUACUGUCUGUACUGAUAAUGAAAUGUCCUUUUCCUCUUGAUGAAGGGAGCUUUCUUGAGGGUCUGUCUGUUUCUCUGUUUGUCCUUGUCUUCAGUCUCUCGGUCUUUUGUAAAUGAAUUGACUGGCUGUUUAUUUGGCCCCAUCUGGUGGACAUAACUCUGUAACGUUGCAGUCUAUUGCAGGCAUCAUAUUGUAUCGUAUAAAGGCUCACCGCCAACCGUUCUGUGUCUGGCAGAGGAAGCCCAGUUCUGAUAUUUUCACUAAUUGAUCUUUUGACCAAUCAACUCUGAAAAAGAUCUGAUGUGAAAAGACCUGAUGUGAUUAGUCAAAAGACCAUUGGUGGAAAACAAAUACCAGAAUUAGACAGGUUGCUUUUACACAGGCAAUGUGACUGACUGACAUACUUACUACUCAACAGUGUUAACAUGCUAGGAGUGACCAAACCCUGCAUGUUCAGGGUUGCACAAACCAGUUAUGAAUGUAUAUUAUGAACCCUGUAUGUUUGAAUAUAUGAGCUGUUUUAAGAUCUCAUACUUCAUGUGUGAAAUCUGUGUUUUAAUGUGUUUUGUCUGUCCUGCUCCAUGUCUGGGUGCAAGUUGCAUCCUACUGUGCCUCAUCGACCCGCCUGUGUUCUUCUCACCAACACUUCUGUUAAUUUAUGGCCAUCUUGUAUCUCCCUGUGUCUAGUUUCUCUACGUGUCCAUCUGUAGUGUCUUGCAUUAUACAGACAGGCCCUCCCACUCCUCAGUCUCCAGCAACGAUUGUGCAAUAAACUGAAGUCUAUAUU